UCCAGCAAUAUAUGUCACAUAUCGGGACAGAGAUGUUUGGUGGCGACUAUUACUGGUGGCGCGCAGUUAGCAAUCAUAAGAGUGGAUGAAAACCUGGACGAUGUCUAUAGAAAUAUACACAAACACCACAUAACCAGUGCUUUCCUAAUCCCAACACAACUUAACUAUUUGGCCAAAAAUCAUGAGACCAUUGAUAGGGAUUACCUGAAGAGUCUACGAGAUGUGAUGACCGGCGCCGCACCCUUAUCUGAGUCGACCUAUCGAUGUAUUGUCGAUAAGUAUAAGUUUGAAAAGUUUAGGAUUUGUUACGGUAUGUCUGAGGUAGGGUGGGCCACACAAACUCCCAUUUCGCAGCCGGUUGAUAGUAAUACAAUUGUUGGCAAAGUGUGUCCCAACACACAAAUCAAAGUAAUCGAUGAUCAGGGACAAUCACUGCCAGCUAACACUAAUGGGUAUCUGAAUAACCCCGAAGAAAAUAGUAAGCUUUUUACCAGCGAUGGAUUCCUCAAAAGUGGAGACAUUGGAUAUUAUGACGACAAUCACUAUUUCUAUACUGUCGGCCGAUCUAAAGAAGUCAUUAAUGUUGAGAGGUCGAUUGUAAUGCCGGCGGAGAUCGAGAAUAUUCUGUUGACACACAACGAUGUCGUCAAUGCGGCCGUCUUUGGGGUGAAGGACGAGGAAAGGGGUGAAGUGCCCAUGGCUUUCGUUACACUAGUUAAUGGGGUUACUGUCGAACCACAAGAACUCAUAGAUUAUGUCGACUCGAGGGUCAACUACUAUAAGAAGCUGAGGGGAGGGAUCCGAGUAUUAGAUGCCUUUCCAUUGACUUCAUUGAAAAAGAUUAACCGGGGUGUGCUUAAGAAAAUGCUAUAUAAUUAG